AUGAAUCCAUCAUCCAUGGAGAGGUGCUGCCUGCUGCUCCUCUUCGUGGCGUUCCUCUGGCCGGCGGCCAGCGCGACGCCGUGCCACCCUGACGACCUCCGCGCGCUGCGGGGCUUCGCCGGGGAGCUCGGCGGCGGGGGAGCCCUCCGCACCGCAUGGUCCGGCGCAUCGUGCUGCGCCUGGGAAGGUGUGGGCUGCGACAGCGCCAGCGGCCGCGUCACGGUGCUGCGGCUCCCCUGGCGCGGCCUCGCGGGGCACAUCCCAGGAGCCUCCCUGGCGGGCCUCGUGUGGCUGGAGGAGCUCUUCCUCGGCUCGAACCAUUUCGAGGGCGUCAUCCCAGACGAGCUCUUCGGCCUCGUCAGGUUAAGGAAGCUCUCCCUCGCAUCCAACGAGCUCACCGGCGAGCUGAGCCCACGCCUCGGUGAGCUCACACACCUUACCUUGUUGGAUUUGUCCGCCAACCGCUUCUUCGGCCCCUUGCCGGACGUGUUCCGUGACCUCACGUCGCUAGAGCAUUUGGCCAUGCAUUCCAAUGGCUUCUCCGGCUUCUUGCCACCGUCUCUUUCAUCACUAUCUUCUCUCCAUGAGCUCAACCUCAGAAACAACUCCAUGUCCGGUCCGAUUGCUCGUGUUAGCUUCUCCGACAUGCCACUUCUUGCGUCGCUUGACUUUUCCACAAACUCCCUGACUGGGUGGCUCCCGGCUAGCCUCGCGAGCUGUGGUGAGCUCAAGUCGCUCAACCUUGCCAACAACAUAUUGGUCGGCACCAUCCCGUCGUGGAUUGGUGAGUUUGACAACCUUUGGUACUUGAAUCUCUCAAAUAAUUCAUUUGUUGGUGAGGUACCCAAGAGUUUGUUACGGCUCAAUGGCCUCGCCACCGCGGGUCGCUCAUCGGGUAUGGUUUUCAUUAACAUGCCCUCUUUCGUAAAUCACGAAAGAAGAGCACUCGAUGAACAACCAAAUACCAUAACUGGGACCAACAACACUGUCAGAUCUGGGCGCAACAACACCAUGUCUGGGAACGACAACAUUGUCAUGUCCGGAGACAGCAACACUGUGUCCGGGAGCUUCAACACCCUCGUAUGUGGAAACAACAAUAUUCUAAGUGGUGACCACCAUGUUGUAUCUGGGAGCAACCAUAUUGUAACUAACAGUUUCAAUAAAGUGACUGGGUGCACCAAUAACGUAUCUGGGAGCAACCAUACUGUAUCCGGGAGCAACAAUACCGUAACUGGGAGCAGCAAUACGGUAUCUGGGAACAACCAUGUCGUGUCUGGGAGCAACAGAGUCGUAACCGGAGAUUAA